CGUCACCCGCUGCCUGUGCUCCAUGUUGACCUUUCCAGCCUCAUCCACUCCACCAUCGAACCACUCACCAUAACUCUAACUACUGAAUUAGAAAGGCGGUGCUACAUACCAGUCGGUCACUUUUCUCACCCUACACGCUCCAGCUUCGGCUUCGUUACCUCGCUUCUGGGUCCGCCCACUUGUUUGAUCUCAGAUCGAUCGCUUAAUUGAGCAAUCAUUGCUCCUACCGUGCGCAACAAUGGCGUCCUCCGACCUAGAUCAGCUCAUCGAGAUGGGCUUUGAUAAGGAACGAGCACAGCUGGCGGUAGCCAAAGGCAACGGAAUACAAGGGGCUUUAGAGUGGCUCGAGCGGAACCAGGACAAAUCGCUCGAUGAGAUAAAGGAAGAAAAUGAGGCUGAGGGUCCUGCAAAUGCGCCUGAUGAAGAGGCUCGUAGUCUGGUCUGCAAUGAGUGUGGCAAGAAGUUCCGGGGCCACGCCCAAGCUGAAUUUCACGCAUCCAAAUCUCAACAUACCGACUUCUCUGAGUCGACAGAGGAGAUCGCGCCACUGACCGAUGAGCAAAGACAAGCCAGGCUUCAGGAGCUGAGGGAGAAACUUGCCGCCAAGCGGGCGGUGCAAUCUGAGCAGGACAAGGUUGAUCAGAAGAGGAAUGAGGAAAUCCGGAGGAAAGCCAACAAAGAUUCACAAGAUGUCAAGGAGGAGCUGGAGAGGAAACAGAGAUUGAAGGAAGCGGAGCAAAAGAAGAAGGAUAAGCUGGCAGAUAUUGAAGCGAAACAGCGGGUCAAGGCUAGGAUCGAAGCGGACAAGCAAGAGCGACGACUCCGAGCCGAGCGAGAGAAAGCCGAGCGAGCUGGCGUAGCGCCUCCUGCACAAGCAGUCCCAGUCCCAGCGGCGACGACAUCUGGCCCGGUAGCCUCGAAGCCUGCAUCAGCUUAUACGGAGACCCGUCUGCGGUUCCAAACGCCCAAGGGCAACGUCAUGAAGACUCUCCCAGUAACCACCACCCUAUUCGAAGUUGCCGCAGCCCUCAAGCAGGAAGACGGCAUUGAAGUGCAGAGCUUCGUCCAGAACUUUCCUCGGAAAGUAUUCAAUGCGGAAUUCUUUGGUGAAUCCUUGAAGGAUUUGGGGCUUAUACCGAGCGCGAGUCUUGUGAUUCAGUGAACUCGAUUGUUGUUAUACUGGUUUAACCUUGCCUACCCUCUAUGAUUUUCUAUAGAAAGUACAUUGAAGGAGAUAGCGACAACAAUCAAGAUAUUAAUAAGAGCAAAG